AUUAUUUCGCGUAGAAAGCCUAGUCUUGGCUCAUGAGUCUCGAUGCGGCGUGCGACGGACACCGGUUUUACCGGCAGUGCAAGUCCGCUUCUCUCGUCGCCUAGACGCUCAUAAGCGAAAUGUGUUCUUAAGACUUACAUCGCGUAUAGUUAAAGUGCGACAAUGAAUGAGUCAGCGGCUGUAAAUGAUACUUGGCAGUGGUAUAAGGAUGUGGUGCGCUCGUGGUUGGAGGACCCCGGCGUGGAGGAGUUCCAGGGGCUCAACAUCAGCUCUCUGAUGAUGGAUCAAGCGUAUGUGGUCGGGGAGGCUGAUAGGAACGUCGCUGUGUACAGCGUUUCUGAUGAUUGUUUUAGAUGUCCCUUCGAGCUGCAAAAGUCUAUAUCAGCCGGAUUUGAAAGCUGGUGGGUUGUGGAUACCGCGAAACGCGUCACCUGGAGGGUCUACAUGGACACUUCUGAAGAUUAUAUGAGUGUUCGGAAUACUUCGGGAUUGAUUUGUCAAUUAAGGCCAUAUUUGGGAGAAUUUGGAGUUUACACUUUGAAUGUAACCGGCGAAGGCUGUGAUGUUCGAACCACAAGGGAACCAGUCGAUAUUUAUAUGCCUUUGCUCCUACUGCUGGGAUUACUACUCGGAAUAUGGGUGGUGUACGGAGUAUUGAAGCUCAUAAUGUCAAGGGUGAGGAGGUCUGCAAAGCUACGUUAUGGAGACAAGGAACUGGCAAUACAACAACGGUUACGUGCUCUGGAUACAUUUAGAGGAAUGGCGAUAGUUUUCAUGAUAUUCGUGAACGAUGGUGCGGGGGGAUACUGGUGGCUCGAACACGCGACAUGGAACGGUCUGGCCGUCGGGGAUUUGGUGUUUCCAGCCUUUUUGUGGAUCAUGGGCGUGUGCGUUCCACUCUCUGUGAAGAGCGCUUUCGCUAAGGGCAUCCCGAGGUGGAAGAUAUUUAUACACAUUGUUCGGCGUUCCAUUAUGAUGUUUCUACUUGGUGUUUCCUUGAACACAAUAUACGGGUCUAAUAUGCUGAGUGAAUUGAGGAUCUUUGGAGUAUUACAACGAUUAGCAGUCGCAUAUUUGAUUGCUGCUGGUUUUUAUGCGCUAACUGCUCCUAAAUAUUAUACACCGCCGAGGGGAGCAUGUGGGCAAGCGCUAAAGGACAUUCUAUCUUGUAUGUGGUGCUGGGUGCUCGCCGCCGUGCUCAUAGCUCUACAUAGUGCUAUUACGUUUAUUGUACAUGAUCCUAAUUGUCCUGCCGGUUACCUCGGUCCAGGCGGUAAACACGACGACUGGGUGGCCCCAGAGUGCAGUGGUGGUGCCGCGGGAUAUAUAGACCGGUUGUUACUGGGGAAAUCGCAUAUGUACCAGCAUAGUGAUGCUAGGAGGGUGUAUGGAGGACCUGCUACUGAUCCCGAGGGGCUGUUGGGUUGUCUAACAUCCGCGGUACAAGCUCUAGCAGGUAUACAAGCGGGUGCUACAGCAGUGUUACAGCGCUCGCACAAAGCUCGUGUAUCCCGCUGGCUCGCAGCUGCAUUAGCACUGGCGCUAGCUGCUGCCUUACUAGCCGGCUUCUCAAGGGAUCAUGGGGUUGUGCCGAUUAAUAAGAGCUUAUGGUCGAUAUCCUACGUACUAGCAACAUCAGCAGUAUCCCUCACAAUCCUCAGCAUCACAUACACAUUCACAGACGCAUGGCGGCUCUGGGCCGGCGGGCCCUUCAGAGCCCCAGGGCUAAACGCAAUAGCAUUAUAUAUAGGACAUUCUCUAUGUGCCCAUUUGUUCCCUUUUCAUUGGAAAAUACCAGUCAUGAGAACACAUGCUAUAAGAUUGAUAGAAGCUGUUUGGGGUACGGCGUUAUGGGUGAUAAUAGCGCAUGUUAUGGCGAAGAAGAAAGUUUUUAUUACGUUGUGAUGUGGUUAGGUUGACUGGGGAUAAACAU